CUAAAUUUAGCCAAUCAAGCAAAUCGUGUCAACAAACUUUGCCCAGGAUUUUGGACACAUGGAUACAAAGAUGGCUGACUACAGUUAACAAUGUCUUUUUCUGCUUUCGAGAGGUUUAAGAGUAGAGUUGGGACUCAGAAUGGAGACAGCAGCCAGACCGAAGCUCCAGGUUCUCCAUUGCGAUCAAGCUCCAGUAGUUCAUCAGGACUUGCUGUGGCUGCGCAACCUUCCAAAAUACUACAAGAUGUUCUAGACUGUAUACAGAGUCUGAAGUCAAAUUUUGAUGAAGAUGGUUCUCCAGUUGAUGAUAACAACCAAACAUUACACAGGUUCUGUGCUAAACUAGAAUUUCUGCUGCAAACUGACAUGAAAGACAAGAAGUCAAUCACUGGUAGGAGGAAGGAUUACUGGGAGUAUUUUUGUGAGUGUCUCGCCCCACUGAAAGGGGUCAAUGAUGGCAUUAAAUAUGUCAAAACAACUGGUGAUUGCAAAACAUCAUUAGGUAAAGGUCGUUCAUUCUUGCGUUUCUGUCUGAUGCAUCAUCGAUUAGCUGACAGCUUGCAAGCAUGUUGUACAAAUGGCAAAGCCACAAGUGGUUGGUACCAUCCCAAGUCUAUCUGGCUGCAGCAUGACAAAAGUAGCAUGAUUAUCAGUGCACUCUAUGACCUUAAUGAUAUCAUGUUUGACCUUGCGCCUAGAGGUUACGACCUUGACAAUUCUUGGCCAUCUUUUGCAAGGAAGGGUAUGGAAGGACAACAUACCUGGUCACUGUCGGAGAGAGCUAGAACCAUGAGUAUAUCCAGUCUUAACAGUAUUAAUCAAGACACACCUGUAAAGGGGCAGUUCUCCUCCACACCUGUUGACACAUCUGGUAUGGACCAGCUGGCACAGGAAUUAGCUAUUUCGGAAAAUGUACGCUCAGAUCUCGAGGAUAAAAUGGAAGCGCUAGAGCAACAAAAACACAUAUUUCAGCAGACGGUCGCUGAGUCAAAAGGGGAGGUAAACAUGCUGGAAAACCAGUUACGAGAGUUGCAGGCAGAACAUAAGGAAUUACAAGCCACUUACAGAGAACUAGAAAAAAAGUAUGAUAAACUGUGUGUGGAGACGGAAUUCAAAGACAGAGAUGGUAAGACACAGGAGUCUGCUUUCGAAACAAAAAUCACAGAAUUGAGAACAGAAAAUGAGAGACUUCUCGAGAAGAUUACCCAGAUUGAAGAGGAUCUGGAACUGUCUCAAGAGAAUCUGCAGAUUACUUCAGCGGAACGUGACAACAUGCAGAAGGCUGUGGAAGAAUUGAAAGGGAAGGUAACGGAACUUGAAAAACAGAUGAAACAGGAGAAAGUUGAGAUAGAAAGAAGGACAUGUGAAGUACAAGCAGAGAAAGUUGAGUUGUUGCAGAAAUUGAAGGCAGUUGAGGAGAGCGAAGUCUCUGGACAAAGAAGCUUGAGUGAGGUACAAACAGAGUUGAAGGAGCAGUCAACGUUGGUGGUCAGUUUAGAGAAGAAAGUGUCUGCUCUGACCACUGGGUAUCAGUGGCUUAAGAAACUGAAGGAAGGCAGCUCAUUUACAGAGAUCCCUGACCUCGACGCUACAUCAUCUCUUACUUUGAAAGAUGUCUCAUACUUUGUCACAGGCCUGCAAGACAAAAUUGACACAGUUUCUAAUGAAAAGCAAACUUUAAAUGAGCAGUAUCAAAGCUUGACAGCUAAAAAUUCAGAACUGCAGCAAGAUGCUUCAAUAAGUAAAGAAAAGAUCUUAAAUCUGGAACAUUCCUUUGCUAAGUUAAGUGAAAAUGAGGAGAAUUUGAAAAAGAAAAUUGCAGACUUGCAGGGAGUAACUGAAAAUGAUAGUGACAAUCUGAAACAAGCAAAAGAAGAAAUUAUUACAAAAGAAAAAGAAAUAUUAGAACUGAGAGCCUCUUUGACUUCCCUUGAGCAAGAGAAAGGUCAUAUUUCUAAAGAGUUGGACUUAAAAGAUCAAGAUUUGCUUCUUCUGAAGAAAGAUAUAGAGAAGUGUAAAGAAGAGCUAAACAGAGCAAAUGAAAUGACAGGAGUUGCAGUUAAAAAUGCACAAGAAAGUUUAGAAAAGGUCAAACCAUUGGAACAAGAUAUUAAAGAGAAGGAUACGAGAAUUGAAAAACUUCUACAAAAGGAAAAAGAAUGGGAACUAACCAUAAGAAGUAUGGAAAAACAAGAUGAAUUACAAACUGCAAGAUUCAGUGACAAAGAAAAAGAGAUAGAGAGCCUGGGAAUUGAAGUUAAGAAACAGGUUGAGCAUAAUGAGUCAUUAAAACAUAAAUUUGAUGACUUAAGAUCAGAGAAAGAUUUACUUUCAAUGGAAUUAAAGUCAUGUAAUGAGAAAUUAAAUGAUUAUGAAAGACAAAAAGACAAAUUAGAAGAGAAAAUUAAUGAAGAGAAGCAAAAAUAUGAAAUACUGAAUAGCGAAACUGAAAGACUGAAAUCCGAAGCCUAUCACAAACAAGCCGAACUUGGAAAUGAAAAAGAUACUUUAAUUAGAGAAUUGGAAUCUUACAAGAACUUGAAUGUCAUUCAUGAAAGAGAGGAGAUAACGUUAAAAGAAAAGCUAGAAAAUCUUGAGUCUACAAUAACAAAAUUGCAUGAAAAUGAGAAUAAAUUAGCUUCAAAACUUGAAAAUGUAGAGAAAGAGCUAAAUUCUAAAUCAUUGGCCCUUGUAUCUUCAGAAAAAGAUAAUGAUGUAAAAGAUAAAGAAAAUAGUCAGUUAGAAAGUGAAAACAAAGAACUUAAGUCUGAAAUUAAGUCAUUACAAGAUCAGUUUUAUGAAAAACAAAGUGAGGUCAUGAUGUUGCAAGAAAAAAACCAAAGAGGCCAAGAGGAAAUUGAGAGAACAAAACAGUUUUAUGAAACAGCAGCAAAAACAGAAUCUGAAUGGUCUGAUAGAUUGAAAACACUUGAAAAUAAUUUAACUGCAAAAGAUGAUAGGAUAACGGAUCUUACUGAGGUUGAGAAGUCAUUAACAGUGGAAAACAGUAAAUUAUGUAGAGACAAAAUGGAAUUAGAACAAAGUCUUGACAAAGUGCAAAGUGAUAUGGAAUACCUAAAGAAAGGGUUUAAAGGGAAGGAGAAGGAAGUAGAAGAAUUAAGAGUUUUAAUGGGAGAUAUGAAGGUAGAAAAUGAAAGCUUGAAGAGAAAUAUUCAGAAUAUUUCUGAAAAACUUGAAGAGAAAACAUUGGAAAUAAGUAAUUUACAACAAGAAAUUGAAAAUGGAUUUUCUGAAAAGGGUAAUUUGGAACUAUCAUUGAAAGAAUUAAAUUUGAAGGAAUCGAACACAAGUAAGGAAAAUAGGCAGUUGGAACAAAAAAUAUUUGAUAUAGAGCAAAAAAGGACAGGAUUAUCAAAUGUUAUAGAACAAAUGCAGAAGGAUUUUGAUGAAGCUGUUAAAGAAAAAGAUAGUUUAGAAGAGAAAGUUAAUAUGCUAGAAGAGGAAUCAAAAAUAAAUAAAAAGCAGAUUGAAGAACUCCGGUUAGAGCUAGAUCAGAUUCAGAAACAAAAGGAGGAGAUACUAUUGAAAAGUUCUGAAAAAGAUGAACAGUUGAAACUGGAAAAAGAACAAUAUCAAAAGCUUCAGCUAGAUUUUGAUGUAUUAUCUAAAGAUAAAUAUGAGCUGGAAGAAAAUGUUGAUUCUUUAGAAAGGGAAAUUCAAGAUGACACUAAAGAAUUAGAUGAACAGAGAAUUACUAUUGGCAAUUUAGAAAAAGAGAAAAAGGACCUUUCAGGGCAAAUAGUACUGUUGGAAGAAAGUGAUAUGAAUAAGAAAAAUGAAAUAGAUUCACUAAGGAGCAAACAAAGUGAAUUAGAAAGUGACAACAAAUUGUUGGAAGAAAAGGUUAGUGCAGAAUCAAAGGAGAAAAUUGAAUUGCAAGAUAAAGAAAAGUUGUUGCAAAAUGAAUUGAAUGCUUUACAAACACAAAUCAAAGCCAAGGAUAAUGAAAUGAGUGAAAUGGUGAAAAACAUUGAAGGAAAGAAUGCCUCACUUGACACAUUAGAAGCUGAGAAAGUAGAAAUUGAAAGAAAUUUUCAGAAAAUUUCAGAUGAUGUUUUAGUUUUACAGGAAAAGGAAUCGAACAAUGUUGAUGCCAUUAAAAAGCUAGAAGAACAUAUUCAGAAAAGUGAGCUAGAAAAGGAAAGCAUUCAGGGUAAUUUGUCUUUGAAAUGUGUGGAAAUGAAUGAGCUUCAAGCCAGGUUUGAUGAUUUUCAGUCGGAAAAUGCCUGUCUGGUCCAAGAGUAUGAUCUGUUACAACAAACGUUCAAUGAUCUCAAAGAAACAGAAGAAGUUGUCAGAUCAAAAUUAACUGAAAUGACAGCUUGUAGAGAUGAGUUGCUCUCGAAAUUUGAGCAAGUCAACGAACAGCUGAAAGCAUCUGAAAAAAGGCUUCAAGAAAUAGUGGAAGAUAAAGACUCACUUGUAAUUGAAAAGGAAACUUUAGCAGAAGAAUUGACCACCUUUAGAAGUCGAUGUUCUGAUAAUGAAGCAAAACUGUCUGAUUUGGAAAAUCAGUUAACUGAAAUGGUAUCAGUAAAAGAUCAGUUACAAGUGCAGUUAGAAGAUAGUUCUGAUGAAGUUGAAAAGAAAAAAUCCGAAACAGAGUCUUUACAUGAGAGAAUAAAAGAAAUGAACAUAGAAAUCACAAGCUUACAAGAAGAGCACAAAGUUACUGUGGCAAAAAUAAAUGAUUUAGAUGAAAACUGUAAAAUGAGUGAAGAAAAACAGAAAAUACAUGAAACAGAACUUGAAAGCAAAUGUUCUGAAAUUAGUAAUUUGAAAGAAACUAUACUUUCUAAUGAAAAUACAAUUGAGGAAUUGAAAGACAGCAUAUUCACAUUAGAAGAGCAUGAAGCAAAAUUGAAGAAGGAACUUGCAGAUGCUAAAGAGUUACUUUCUGAAUCUGAAGUGAAGUUGAAUGAAAAAUCUGAAAAUAUAUGCGAGUUUGAACAGAAGUAUAAAGACCUGAAAGACACUGUUAAAGAACUUGAAGCUGAUAAACAACAGCUGGUGUUAGAUUUGAAAAGCCAACAACAAGAGAAAGAUAGUUUACAAAAUAAGUCAUCAUGUGAUUCAGAUAUGAUUGCAGAACUUAGAAAAGAGAUAAAUGAAAUAAAGCAACAGGGGAAUAAUGAUACUUCAAAACUUGAGAAUGAAAUAGACAAAUUGAAAGAAAUAGGAUCAAGUCUUUCUGAAGCAAAGGAACUAGCAGUUGAAGAGGCAAAGAGCCUAUCAAGAAAAAUUGAGAGUCUUGAAAUGAGCGAAUGUGACCUGAAACAGUCUGAAGAAAAACUUAAGAAAGAAAUUCAAGAACUAAAACAUGUAAAAGAAUCUAAUGAAUCAAAAUGUUCAGAGUUUGAAAAAGAAAUACAAGAACUUAAUGUAAAGAUUACACAAAUAGAAAAAGACAGAGAAACAUGUGAAACUGACUUGAGACAAGCCACAACAGAACUUGAAACGAAGAAAAAUGAACUAGUGAAAAACUUAGAAGAUGCAGUGACAGAUUUACAGGUCAUCAAAGAACAGUUGAAUAAUACAUCAUCAGAAUUGGAAAGGUCACAUGAGGAGAAGUUGUGUCUUGAGAAAAGUCUUCAUGAAAGUGAUGCAAAGAAUGAGGAGUUGGAACAGAAAGUUGAGUGUUUGAAUGACCAGUUACAGUCAGUUAUGGAUGAUUUAGGACAACAGUUAAAGGAAAGAGAAGCAAAGAUUGAAGAGUUAGAGACCAUUAAAGAUUCACUUGAGUCAGAAACUGAUGCAGCGUUACUGAACUUGCAACAAGAGAAAGCAGAAAUUGAGCAGAAACUGCAGCAGGCUUCAGAUGAAGUGGAACUGCUGAAAAGAAAUAUUGAAGAAAAGGAAGAAUUUUUGAAAAGCUCACAGACCACACUAGAAACAACCAGUGAAAAAAUGGAAAAUAUUAAAAUUGAAAAGGAAUCACUUAUUACUGAAUUAAGUCAAUUAAAAGACCAGUUAAAAGAAAAAGAUGCUCUAAUUGACAACAAGACUGCGAUUAUAGAUCAAUGCAGUGCCGAAAAACUUAGUUUGACAGAACAGCUUGAGAGUUUUGAAAUAUCAAAGGAUGAAAACGAGAAAAAAGUAUCUGAACUGAAAGAAAAUGUAAAUGAACUGACCAUUAAAGUGCAAGAGUUAAGUAAAGAAAAUGACUUGUUGAAAGAAGAGCAACAAAGACAGCUUGAAACAGAAGCUAGUUACAUGACCCAGUUAAAAGAACUUUCUGAUAAAAACAAGCAAUUUGAGGAGCAGUGUUCUAUGCUUCAGGAGGAAAACGAAAACAUCAAAUCAAAUGCAGAUCAGGAGGGUGAAAAUCUGAAAAAAAUGGAAGAGAUGUUUAAAGAAAAGGAGAGUAAAUUGGAAAAUUUGGAGAGAGAAAAUGAAAAGAAGGCUCAUGACAGUGAGGCAGAAGUAGAUUCACUGAGACAAGAAAUAGCAGCCCUGGAGUUUCAGCUUAGUUCUAACCAGUUAGAAGCUGAACAGAGUCAAAAGUCUGGGUCAGAAGAGAAGGAAUUUAAUGAAAUGAAGGAAAAGUUGAUGGAACAGGAAACAAUUAUAGAUCAAUUACAGUGUGAAAUGGUUGAGUUACGUGAAGUGGCACAGAAAUACAGAGAGCAGGAACUUAAAAUUGAAGGUCUCCAUGCUGAAAUCAACAACAAAGAUGUGGAAAACUCUACUCUGGCUGAACAGUUGGACAAUCUACAGAGUCAGUUGAGGCAAGAAAUGGACUCCUCCUUAACUGUUAAGAGCACCUAUAAUGAUCAAAAAGAGAAAACAGAAGAACUGUUACAGCAGAAAGAUGAGGAGAUCAACCAACUCAAAGAGGAUGUUAAUGAAUUGAAGAAGAAACUGGUCAAACUUAUCAAGGAUAAAGAUGCGUUGUGGCAGAAGACUGACAAAUUAUCAUUCCAGCAGAAGUUACAGGCCACAGAGAAAUGGAUGGAUGAUGGUAAAGUUACGCAUUGUCUUGGAUGUAAUGCAGAAUUUUCAUUCACUUUAAGAAAGCACCACUGUAGAUUAUGCGGAAGAAUUUUCUGUCACACCUGUAGUAGUAACUGGGUACACACAGCUUCAAGCAGCAAGAAGACUCGUGCUUGUACCGGAUGUUUUAUACGUUUCAAUGAGGCCCUGCAAGGGGAUAACAACCAGGAAACCAAUAGUGAUAUAGAACAGAGUGUGGAGAUUCCUAAACGACAAGUACUUGGUACACCUUUACCUAGCUCUGCCAGUAUACAGUCAUCAGUAGUGUCAUCUGAUGAUGAAGAAUCUCUGUUAGAGUCUGGUACAUCAGAAAAUGUGAGUCGUAAGCUUGUAUAUGAUGAUGUCACCACAGAAAAUGAUGUCAACUCCCAGGCAGGAUCACAGUUAGGGGCCACAGGUGGGAACGAGACAGAUGAGGAUAAAUUGAAGGACAGCGCUGUUAGUAGCAGAAGCCGUAAUAUUUUAAGUGAUGAGCGGGGAGAUAAUGGGGAGGACAAAUUCCACGUUAUCAGCGAUGAAGAGAUUCAGAGGUCAAUAUCUGUAUCACUGAGUGGGGAUCAGGCAAGCCCAGCCCCACUGGAUCCUAAUAUGUCAAGUAGCAUGUGUAUAUCACUAGAAGAACUGAUACGAGGUGAAGUUAACAGCCAGAAUGAGGUAUGGAUCAAGGCCGGACGAUUAUUUUCUGUUCCUGUUAUGAUAGACAAACCUAACACAGUGUUUGGUUGGAAAUUUACCUCAUAUCCAAAGGAUGUUGUGUUCAGUGCCACAUAUCGGGUUAGUCAGUCAGUUGCAUUUAACGAAGGCCAGACGUUGGUGCCUCCUUGCAAAUGUGACUCCCACAAACAAGUUGUAAAAGGGGAGCUAACUGCUAAACAACCUGGAAUAUACACACUACUUUUUGACAAUACAUACUCAAAACUAACAGCAAAGAGGAUUAAUUACUCGCUGUUGUCAGAUCCACCUCAAACCGACUGAUUUCAGCAGUCAACAGAUUUCAGCAGAAGACAGACUGAUAUCACCAUAUAUAAGCAAUCACCAUUUUAGCAGUAAUUAGAAUGUUACCUGCCAAAGAUAAAAUAAUAUCAGCUGUAAACAAAUGAUAUCAAAAGUAAGCAGAUGAUAUCAGUGGUAAACAAAAAUUACCUAAUCUGCAAUAAGCAGAGCUUUUAUUUUAUUGAUAGAUCUCAUUGUUGGUUCAUGUUGAAUAGUUUUAUUUAUUUUUGACAGUUUAAGAUUCUUAGUGUUUUUCAAAACCAAUGAAAAUGUUCAGGAAAUUGGUAUAUAUUCUUUGCAAAAUUAAAACCAUGUAAAGGUUAGAGCCAAUGGAAACUGGAAGAUAAAUUUUUAUGAUCCUGCAUGGAAGCAUAGUAAUUUUUGCAAGAUUCAAAAUGUUUUAAAGCAUUAACAACAUAAACUAACUUGAAUUGUAAUUUUUAAGUAAAUCAUUAAUCUACAGGAUUGUUCUUUUCAUACAGACAUGUCACAGAAGUUUUUCAUUCAUCAUGAUUUGAAUUUCUGGCAAUGUAACUUGAGAAGGACCUGUAUAUAGAUAAUGCAUUUAGUAUCAACCUGGUCAGUUAUUACCCGUUUGAAAAUACUCAUUUACAUGACACUGCUUUAUGUUUUACCUGUUACUUUAAUUUUACUGUUUUUUAAUUUCUGCUAUAUCCAUAUUGAAAGCUUAUUCCAGUUAAAGUAGUUCUUCAAAUAUGGAUCAGAAGAUUUUCUGCAAGUUAGGAUUUGAGUUAACUCUGAUUCUCAAAGCGUCAUUAUAUUCUAUAAAAAUUCAGCUAGAUCAGGUCGGGUGCUUGAUCAUUAGCUAGUCUAAAAGACUGAUUUGAAAAAUUUGGGUUAAAUAUGAGGAAUUCACCAUUUUUGUAAUAUUUUCACGUAAAGAAAAUUUUCUACAAGGUAAGAAUUUAAUAGAACCUUUCAGAAUUGUAAAUUUACAUACAGUCAAAUUAAAAUGGAUAUGUGUCUUUGUUUAUUUUAGAGAUAAUUGCCAUUGAUUAUACAGAUCUGCAAAUUUCAGGAUGACUUUUGAUAUUUGGAAUUUUUUCACAUAAACAUUCUUUUUAUGAUAUUUUAUCUUAAGAAAAGACUGUUACAUUUUUGAUAUUAUUAAGGCAUGGUUUGUCAUUUACUUGCAGAAGGGUUUGCCUUUCUGUUUGUCAGAUCCAGGCUUUUUUCUGUAUAAAUGUGAUUACGUCAUGACUUCCGGUUUAUCAGAUGUGCAGGGCUACCAUAAGAUAGUAUACUAUUUUGUUAAGAAAAUUUCAAACUUUCUGUAAAGUAUGUCUUGCAAAAACUGCUCUCAUAUUAUGUUGUCGAAAUGCAGUUGAAUUUAGGUGACUUUGUUCUUUGUCAGGGCCAUAAUUGUAAGCUUGGACAGUAGGUCACAUUUGCCCGCCCUUACCAGAAACAAUGUGUGGAUGAGGCACCUGGAGUCUUCCUCCAUUAUCAAAAAAUAGAAAAGUUACACAUGACCUAAAAUUUUAUCGGUGUGACUGUAAACUCAAACAAAAGUAGUUUUAUCACUAGACAUGACACCUAUUGAAUGGAAUCAUUUCAAUUUUAAUGUCUUUUUUGUCUUGGAUAGAAAUUGUUACUAAACCUCAGCAAUGCACAAGCAUAGCAAGUACCAGUCCUGAAACUCAAGCUUAUGAUUGGUUGAUUCUGAGAUCAGACAGUGACUUGAAAUUGACCAAUGACAGUGCUGCAUUCAGAGACUGUUACCUGGGCAGAAAUUUUAGGAACAUAGAAUGGUUAUUUGACUCAAGUUUUGCAAGUUUUUGAGUCGGCUAAACGCUGUCAAGCGUUUGACGAGUCCUUGCUAUUGCACGAUUUCUCAUUCUUAAAUGGCCUCACAACACAGCGAAGUGAUGUAGUUCCAUUGGAUUGUCUCUAAUUUCAAAGAGUUCAUUGAUCGAAUGAAGUUCAUUUAUGUCAAUCCUAUUUGCUAUGACCAAUAUACGAUGUAAUCUGUCAUAUUUAUGACUUGUAAUUGUGCAAUACUCGGAUAAAGCCACGUAUUUUCUUCCGCGGUAACUCAUUAAGCAUAAACACGCAUAACGAUUCUGCGGGAUUUGGUAAUACAUUUGCGCAUAUGAUUAUGGUGACGAAUUUUAUGCCCUUUUGUCACAAAAUAGCAAAUAUGAUGUUCACAAAUUCAAAUAAAAACUGCGUAUUAACUUAUUAGCCAAAUUAUCCAUUUGUUACCAAGUCCGUUUCAAAAAGUAAUCUUUAAAAUCAUUGCGCAAAUAACAAAUUUAUUGUGCUGUGCAUUUUAUGAACUGCGCAGACUUACAAAGCUUGCGUAACAUCAAGCGAAAGACAAAAUAUAGUUCCAGAAUAUACUGCUAGUAUUUUAUUGGGUGGGUACCUCUGAAAGCAUUGGAAUGUCUCUUAUCAAAGAGUUUACCACAUCGAUGAAAUUAAAUUAUGACAGCUUCAUUUUAAAUGACCCGAAUAAGAUAUGUGCAGUACGUUAAUUCUUCCGCGAGACUUCGCGGAUGAAUCCCAACUACAUUCUGGACACUUCUCGGCGAGCACGCGUGAUCUGAUCUGUUUAUAACAAUGCUUCUACGACUUUGCGUGGGUUGAAUUUUGCAGUCAGUAAACGGAUAAAUUAUCGGAAGAAGAAGCUCUUACUGGUUUGUUUAGUUACUACUGAUAUUAAAAAUGAUAUUAAUUCUUAUUUUUCGAGAAAUAAACAAAUCGGCGAAACAUUAAAUUGUAUUUUCUUGUAGUUUUUGAAAUCGAAAGUAGAUCGUCUAUGUUUGGCUGCUUUGACGAAACGAAACAACUUUUUUAUGAAAAGAUUUAAAUAAGAGGUAAUUUAACCGUAAACUUCAAUGUCAGAUACUGCCAAUUGCUGCUAAAUGUCCGCUUAUUGUUGAAACUGGAGAUUUUGGCAGUAUAAAAGAAAGUGUAAUCAUAUCCGGAUAUAAUACUUUGGGUAAAUAUCGAGCUGUGUUAUGAAAUUUAAAUAUUAAAGUAACAGACAUGAUAGAUAUUAUUGUAACAGAAAUGAUUCUAGAAUUUAUUUUUAUAAUACAUACAUAGAAUCAAUAUCAGACUUAUAUUCUAGUGCUAAGGCAUGACCUGAAAGUAAAAAUAUGAAGUGACUGUCAUUCAUACUUUGAAUAUUGUAAUACUAAAAAGAAUCUAGGUAAUAUUUAGAAAUUGAAACAUAAAAUUUUCAGUUAGAAAUCGCACCAAAGGCUGUAUCAAGGGUUAGAAAUCGCACCAAAGGCUGUAUCAAGGGUCUACAUUUUUAAAAUUUCCUUGUGGUGAUUCCCCAAACCCUACUUGCAGGAGGGGGUAUCCUCCCACACCCUUCCCCCAUAUUGCCACUUUACAGUUUGAUACAUUUGCCUUUUUACCACCUGCCACAAUGCCCAUUUCAAAAUCUGACUGCAGUUCAAAGCGGGAAGGAACACCCCUCCCCACACCCACCCUGCUACCGACCACGUAAAAAUGGCUCAAACAUUUUUUCAGCCCAGUCUGGGCCUGUCUGUCUACAUGAAUCAAACAGAUAAUUGAAAGUACAUAGACUUGGGGACUACUGACAUGGUUUUGAAGGGGUUAACAGGUCUAAAAUAGAAUAAAUGAUGGUUUUAACUAAAAAAGAACUGCAUUUAUUAAUAUUGGUUAUCUUUUCCGAAAUUGGUAGCUAGUCCGAGUAACUUCUCUUAGUUUCGAAUGCGCAAUUUUCCUGUCAGUGUAAACAUUCAUGACACUAUAUAUUGACACUCAGCAACAUUUACAUAUCUUUAAACGCAAAAGUAAGUAUACUUUAAAUUCACAUCCCUUAUAAUAUGAUUGAACAAUACCUAGCGUGUGACACGGUUAUUGCCAGGCCCCUUAUCUGUAAAAUAUCUGAACGCUUCUUUCGUCCAUCCGUUACAAACUGUAUGUGGCAAUCCGCGCUAUAAAAUUUCAAUAUAUAAAUUUUCAUAUUCAAAUUUUAUCAUGUGCGAAUAUAUACCAGCCGAUAAUUGCCUGUUUUGGUAAUGCUGGAGGCAAAUGUUUACUGGAAAAAUAUUCAUAGUCAUGGGCAGUAUCUUAGUGUCACCUGUCAAAUUGUAGUUUGUACUUUCAACAUUUUUAUUUUUGCGAACCACUCUUCAAUUUUAGAGAAAUAUAUUGAGUUUAAAUACUUGUAUAAUGUCAAUCAAAGUUUUACUAGGCAUCGAUUGAAUGUCCAUUUCAUCUACUGUAACAAAAUCUCUGUUCAGUUGGGGAAAAAAACUAAAACCAAACUGAAACUGGUAGACUAUACUACCAGUACAUCAAUCAUUAGCCGACUCUCAGGCCCUUCAGGCCUUUGAUUUUUAUCGUCAGGAAGCAGAGAAAUACUUAAUUCUUUAUUUAGUUAGAUUCUUACUGAAUAUUCGAGUGCAAUAGUAGAUAUAGUUUAUUUAUUGUAUUAGUUUUAGUUUGUAGAACUUUAUAUAUCUUUUUAUUUAGUUUCUUUUUAGAGAUCAGUGGAAGCCAGCAAGUCUUCCUUUGUUAUUUCAUUUUAAGGAGUUAAAUGGAAUAACUUACUAGCAGAACACUAACGAAUUUAGAGGAUGUGUUUUCUACCAGUAUUCCUUGAUUAGUCAUGUGAGAUGAAUUCACAGAAAACAUGUUUUCCAAAGCAUUCUCCCUCCUCUGAUUAAUUUGGAGAAGUUGGCUGUUUCUUGCAGAGAAUGAGCUAUCACUGGUACAAGUUGCCAGGAACAUGGGUGGGUUUACAGGAUUCUGCUAGGCUGCAAUAUUCUUGAAAACAGAAUUAUAUAAAAUCCAUAUCAAACAAAAUUACAACUGUAUUUUAAAUGUAGGCAACCAUUGGUCUUCACUGUAUUUCACAAAUAUAUAGUUUCCAAUAUUUAGUUUAUUAUUAGUUUUACCAUGAUUUGUGUUUUAACCCUUAUUUUACCAUAUUUAGCUCAAUAUAUUAUUUUGUUAGAUUAUGUUUAAAUGUGUAUCGUAUAUAAGCUAUCAUAAUUAAUAGAUAAUUAUUCAUGUUAGAGACUCAAGAGGUAUUAGUGUUGUGAUAAGAUAAAUUUCUGAGGUAUAAAAUGGCAUACCUGGUGCAUUCCAUUAAUUAAUUAUUUAUUAGUUUUAUACCUAAUAAUGAUAAUGGUACUAUAUUUUUAACCUAUUACUAGUUAUUCAAUCAGUUAUAAAAUGUUACGUGUUAUUUUUUAAACAUCGCAGUGUUAAUACAAUAAUUGAGCCGCGCCAUGGGAAAACCAACAUAGUGGCUUUGCGACCAGCAUGGAUCCAGGCCAACGGUUUCUCUAUUUGCAAUAGGCAUUGAUAGCGAAUAGCAUGGAUCCUGACCAGACUGCGCAGAUGCGCAGGCUGGUCUGGAUCCAUGCUGGUCGCAAAGCCACUAUGUUGGUUUUCUCAUGGCGCAGCUUACAUUACUUUGUCAGUUACUAAUUUCAGCUUACAAUUGUUCAUGCACCAAAAACUUACUGGAAAGUAAAAUUUGGCAUUUUGAAAGGACCUUUUUUGAAACGUGAUCACACUGUCGUCAUGGUGAUCAAAUAUUUACCAAAAAAAGUAAAAUUAAGCCCUUAAGAUGUUUAAAGAUGUCAGGUAACAAACAUAAUUACUGUGACUGUAGGUAUGUAUAAAAAGUAUCGAGUACAAUGUAUACUAAAAAGGGAUCUCAUGAAGUUUGACAGCCAUAGACCAAAGCCUACUCCAGUUACAGAUUGGAAAGGAAUUGUUCCGACAUACUAAGCACCAACUGAAUGUAAGUCAUGAGCCAAGCAAUUUACCAUCUACUAGUACUUGCUUUUAAGAUUGGCGGGUCUCAAGAACAAAGACCUAGCAACCUAAUGUCUGAAAUUGAUUUCUGAUUACAAAUGAGAGAAUGCUACGGCUGACAGCAGUCAUACAAAUUAUUAGGAUUGCCUCUUGUUAUCAGAGUAUGUGAGUAGGUUUUAAGUCAAGAUGACAGUGUCUUUGUGACUCUAACAAAGUUGUUUGUGUUGGACGGUAGACAUCUGCUUGUUCUUAUGAUCUAUAGAUCAAGUUUAUAUCGGAUUUGCUUGGUUAGUAAUUUACACACCUAGAUGCCUCGUAUGAAAGUGUUUUAUACAUUUAGCUUUUUUUCCUUUAAAGUAGUUACUUUGUGCCAAAAGUAUAAAAAUCUUCCUGUUACUUGCUUGCUUUUUGCUAUGUGCAUCACACUUUAAAACAUACAAUGUAUACUUUACUAGACAUUUUAAGUGAAAGGAAAUAUUUUCAUGAAUUCUUGUAAAAGUAAUUUAUAGGAAACACCCAUGAAAAUAUUUAAAAUUGUAUAAAGAACAAUUUUUAGCUCGACUAUUCAUAGAAUAGUAGAGCUAUUGGACUCGCCCAUGCGUCGGCGUCCACCGUCCGGGUCGGCGUCCGCGUCCCGAUUUGGUUAAGUUUUUGUAUGUAAGCUGGUUUCUCAGCAACCACUUGUGGGAAUGGAUUGAAACUUCACACACUUAUUCACUGUGAUAAACUGACUUACACUGCACAGGUUCCAUAACUCUGUUUUGCUUUUUUACAAAAUUAUGCCCCUUUUUUGACUUAGAAAUUUUUGGUUAAGGUUUUGUAUGUAAGCUGGUAUCUCAGAAACCACUUGUGGGAAUGGAUUGAAACUUCACACACUUAUUUACUGUGAUAAACUGACUUACAUUGCACAGGUUCCAUAACUCUAUUUUGCUUUUUUACAAAAUUAUGCCCCUUUUUCGACUUAGAAUUUUUUGGUUAAGGUUUUGUAUGUAAGCUGGUAUCUCAGUACUCACUAAUGGGAAUGGAUUGAAACUUCACACACUUGUUCACUGUCAUGAUCUGACAUGCACAAAGCAGGUCCCAUAACUUUAUUUUGCUUUUUUACAAAAUUAUGCCCCUUUUUCAACAUAGAAAUUUUUGGUUAAGUUUUUGUAUGUAAGCUGGUAUCUCAAUAUCCACUAAUGGGAAAGGAUUGAAACUUCACACACUAGUUCACUGUCAUGAUAUGACAUGCAGUGCAAAGGGUCAAUAACUCAACUUUGCAUUUUACAAAAUUAUGCCCCUUUUUCAACUUGGGAGUUUUUGGGUUAAAUUCUUAUAUGUAAGUUGGUAUCUCAGUACCCACUAAUGGGAAUGGAUUGAAACUUCAUACACUUGUCCAUGAGCUGAUAAGCACUAUGCAGGUUCCAUAACCCUAUUUUACUUUUUUACUAAAUUAUGCCCCUUUUUCGACUUUCUUAUUCAUUCAAGCGACAAGGCUGUUAAAUAGUCGAGCGUUGCUGUCCUCCGACAGCUCUUGUUGUUAAAUGAAGGGCAUUUAGUCUUAGUAUUUGUCAGUGAUGCCCUAUGUUUUGUAGUUAUUACAAUUGUGUUGUGUUUGUUACAGUUUAUGAUAAUCAUGUUCCAAUUUAUUACAUUUUAUUCAGAUUUUAAUAAAGGAUUUAUUUAUCUA